AGUGUCCCGGCUGUGUAAUUCGGUCGGAACGCAAAUGAUCGAGGGCGAUGAGUGAUCCAGCCGGGAAGCGCCGCGCGUUACGCACUUAUAAUGCAUCUGAAUGCGAAGAGAAGCUACGAGAGCGCCGUGAGAUAGUAGACAAAAAUGGGCAGGAAGAAGACUCAUGCAUCAUCGAGGGGUAAACAACAGGGUCCAUCACCGCAACAGAGACAUAUAUCCGCGGCGAAAAGGAAUGAGCUCAAUGUCCUGUGCGAGAAACUCUUUCAUCUGAGUAGCAAUCCAGCGUAUGUGACGCAAUCAUGGAACAACUACUUGGAUAUAUCAGAAGUUCUGCUGAAGGUUAAACGUCUGGAGGAGAUGAAGACGGAAUCAUCUCAGCGAUCCCAGGGGAUUGGACAAUUCAUAAAUUGGCUGACGGAGAAUGGGGCGCAAGUGGAUGGCUUGAGUAUCGCCGAGUUUCCAGGAUAUGAUCUGGGACUGAAGGCGCAGACCGACUUUGCUGAGAACCAAUUGAUCCUCGAAAUACCUAGAGGGCUCAUCUUCAGCACGUAUACCGCAGCAUCAGAAUUGACUAUUCUACAAAAUGAUCCACUGGUGCAGCAUAUGCCGCAAGUGGCUUUGGCCAUAGCGCUUCUCAUAGAGAGACACAAGGAGAACUCCAAGUGGAAGUCUUACUUAGAUAUGCUUCCAAGCAGUUAUAAUACAGUUUUAUACAUGAAGACUAAUGACAUGAUUGAGCUGAAAGGCAGUCCUACAUUAGAGGCUGCAUUGAAACAAUGUCGAAACAUCGCGAGGCAGUAUUCUUACUUUAACAAAGUAUUUCAAAAUACCAACAACGCUGUUUCAGCGAUACUUAGAGACGUUUUUACUUACGAAAGAUAUUGCUGGGCAGUUUCCACGGUGAUGACGAGGCAGAACCUGGUUCCAAGUCCCGAUGGUUCACGCAUGAUCCACGCUUUAAUCCCGAUGUGGGAUAUGUGCAAUCACGAGAACGGAAGGAUUACGACGGACUUCAACGCGACUUCGGAUCGUUGCGAAUGCUACGCGUUGAGGGACUUCAAGAAAGGAGAACAGGUGUUCAUAAGUUACGGCUCGAGAACAAACUCCGAUUUCUUCGUGCACUCGGGCUUCGUCUGCAUGGAUAACGAACAAGAUGGCUUUAAACUUCGUCUUGGUAUUAGUAAAGCGGAUUCUCUUCAGAAAGAACGAAUAGAACUGUUGAGCAAACUGGAUUUGCCGUCAGUAGGAGAAUUUUUACUGAAACCUGGUACGGAGCCGAUCUCCGAUACGCUAUUAGCUUUCUUGCGAGUGUUCAGUAUGCGAAAAGCUGAGCUCACACAUUGGUUACGCUCGGACAAGGUCUUCGACCUGAAGCAUGUGGACUGUGCGUUGGAGACAGUCGUUGAGGAGAAUGUCAGAAAAUUUUUGCUGACCAGGCUGCAGCUUUUAAUCGCUAAUUAUCCUACAACAUUGAAGGAGGAUCUAGAGUUACUGGAGACCACGUUGCCGCAAAUGAAAAAAAUGGCAGUUCAAUUGAGGGUCACGGAAAAGAGAAUUCUUUCGGGUGCACUCGAAUACGUAGAGCAAUGGAUAAAGGCUUAA